CUGCUGCUCCAGACCUAUUUCUGGAGUCCCCUCUUUUUUAUUUUUUUAUCACUUCAAGUCCAUAUUUGGUAAAUGACGCAACGGGACACAAAGAGAUCCCCUUUAAAACCGUGGAGCAGCAUCAGGAGCGGUUUACCACAGAGGAUGAUAGUUCAUCAUGUUGGAGUCAGUGAGGCAGCAGGUUUAUAAACAACUGAGCUCAGAUCCGAGUCUCCAGGACACCAUGAGCGCCAAGUUAGUGGACGAGGUUCCUGCGUGUCUCAGGGUCGUGGGCAGUUUAUUGAAUAAAGACGUUUACGUGGCGGAGGGAGAGUUGACCUCACACAGCUCCGUGGUUUUUAAAGAGGAGCUCGAGGAGCCUGAUGGGGAACCUGGUGAUGAAGAAGGCGGUGAUCUUCUGCUGGACGACAGGAGCGCACCUGAGCUGCAUCUCCACGGGGACUUGGCGCAGUACGUGGCAACUUUACGCACGCACCCAGCGGCGUUUUCUGGGAAGUUCUCGUUGGAGUCCACAGGCGCAGGGGGACCGUGGACACCGGGGGACGUCAUCAACGUGGUCUGUGCUGACAUCGUCUCCCCUGACCCGACCACCGUGCCCGGUUCGACUCCAGCAUCUCCCGAUAUUUACGCAGGAGGAGGGGGAGAGGCCGCGGACAUGGCGCACGGUCAGCCGGACAUCAGCCACAUGUACGCGCCCCCUCACCCUCACUCUCACCCUCACUCUCACCCACAUUCACACCCACAUUCACACCCACACCCCCACCCUCACCCCCAUCCGGCUCCUUCCUACUCGUGCAGCGCAGACAUGUACCCAGACCAGCCCUCAGGUGGAUACUAUCACGCGGCUCCGUCCUUCAACUCUGCGCCCAAACCGACAGUGGACGGCACCGCGCUGCUCUCCAUCAUGCCGGAGUACGGAGGCUUCUACCAGCAGAGCUGCCAGAGAGACAUCCAGGUGGCUUUCCCCGAGAGGAAAUCCCUCCCGUAUCCGCUGGACUCCCUCAGAAUGCCUCCUCCUCUCACGCCUCUCAACACCAUCAGGAACUUUACGCUCGGUGCGCCCUCACCGGCCUCCGAUGGGCCAAUGGCCGCCGCCUUCCCCAGCCACCAGAGCCUCCCAUUGAGACCCAUCAUGAGACCCAGAAAAUACCCGAACCGGCCCAGCAAGACGCCGGUGCACCAGAGGCCGUACCCGUGUCCGGCGGAGAGCUGCGACCGCAGGUUCUCUCGGUCGGACGAGCUGAGCCGGCACCUGCGCAUCCACACGGGCCACAAACCCUUUCAGUGCCGCAUCUGCAUGCGCAACUUCAGCCGCAGCGACCACCUCACCACGCACAUCCGCACGCACACCGGAGAGAAACCCUUCUCCUGUGACCAGUGCGGGAGGAAGUUCGCCCGGAGCGACGAGAGGAGGCGACACAUGAAGAUUCACCUGCGGCAGAAAGAGAAGAAAACCUCUGCGUCCUAAUCUCUGGUCCUCGGGUCCUCGGGUCCUCUGGUCCACUGGUCCUGAUGCAGGAAAACUUUCUGUCUGAGCCACAUCUGGUCUGAACACAAACUUUAACAGGUGGUUUAUUGUUCUCAGAAGAAAGUUGUUUGAAAUCCUAACCUCGGAAAUCAGGGAGAAUCAGACAGAAGUCGAUAUUUAUCACAGUGAUGCAGAACCUGGAUUUUCUGAACAUUUGUGGCUUAAAUCUAGAAAAUCUAGAUUUUGAAAGACAGGUGGUGCCAGGACUCUAUGGGAAGGCAUCAUGCUCUCAGGGAUUCAACCACACUUCAGACCAAGAUCCUGCAGACGAGUGUGAUUCAGGAGGGUUUUCACUUCGACUCCAUAAAUAAAAAACACUAGACUUCACUUAAAAACUGUAAAUUCUAAUUUAAUUGAAACCAACCAUCCCCUCCUCUAUUAAUAAUUGAACGAAUAUUAACCUUUUUAAAGAUAAACAGUAUUUUCUACUGAUUGUGAGGCUAAAGACCUAAAGUCAUUCAUGUUUUGAAGUGUUUAUUAUCAAUACAAAGACUCAAACGAUGACAUCAUAAGCUGUCGACACGGUUCACAACACAGACUGUAAAUAAAGAUGGAAGACAUGACGUCAUAAACCCUCCUCCUCCUCCAUGUUAGCAGAUAGGACAUGGACCAACCUAAAAAUUAAAGCUAAAUAAAUGUUUGUCAUCGA